CAAUCUAUAGCCAACUUCAAGUUGAUAGAUAAUGUCCCUAAAAUAACCUUGUUGCUUGGAUAAUUUUUUACUUCUCAAUUAAUAAAUGGAAAAAUAGGUGUGAAAAUAAAGAACAAUUCGUCCCAGUCACAAUGGAGUCAAAAGUUUUCGACAAAAAUUCUCCUCCUUCAUGGCAAGGGAAAGAAUGAAAAAAAAAGAACUAUUGUUUUAUGGUGAUAAAAUUGUGUCUCUAAAAAAGAAGGAAAUUUUUAUAUAAAUAACCGAUUAAUAAUUAACUAUCAUAAUUAAUAGUUGUGCGUGUUUUUUUUUUGAAUGAAUCGGCAAACCGCUUUGAAUCCCCGUAAAAUGACAGUACCUAACUUGACGUAAGGUGAAACUAGGUGUAUACAUUCUAGUAGGAGGCGUUUCGUAUCGUAUAUAUAAAAAGCCGCUUUUUCUCAAAAAAAAGAAGGAAAAUCAUGGACUCCCAUGAUGAGGAAUAUGUCACUUUUCCACUUUCCAAUGUUCAUGAUGAAAUGCAACAGACUGUUAUUUCCCAUGAGGAAAUAUGCGAACCUGUCGAGGAAUGUGUUCUCGAUGAUGAUUUAACUGAAAUUCCAGUGAAUGAGACAAAUUCAACGAUCACCGAGACUCACGUGGCGGUGACAAUUUUAAAUGACGGUCAAUCGGACGAUGACGAUGAUGGCUCGUCCGUUUAUCCGAUUUACAUAAAGGAGGAGCAUCAAUAUACAUCGGGCGAUGAUGAGUCAAUGGCUGUCGAAGCCCUCAGGCAACUCGGUGGCAUGUAUCCGAAUUUUAAUGAAAAGAAAAUUGGCUGCUCCAAUUGUUCGAAUACAUUCACACAGGCAGAAUUCGUCAAACAUCAUCAGACUUGUGUUCCCGAUAAAUUUGCCUGUAGCACGUGCGGCGAGAAAUUUGAGAGAAAAAUUGAUUUAGUCAAUCAUACGGUGUGUCAUCAGGUUGACAGACCACACGCUUGUAGGACUUGCGGUAAUUUAUUUAAAUCAAAAUCCCUUCUUCAGGCACAUAUGACGGAAUAUCAUCAAAUUGAAAGACCACAUAAAUGUGCAAUUUGCGGUGCCGAUUUCAUGAGACCGUCGAGUUUAUCGAAUCAUAUGAAAAUUCACACUUACGUCGCUGGUCGUGCGAUAAUGCAAGCGCAGGACAAUAAUGUCGGACAAAGCACUGAAUCAUUUAGAAAGUGGUCGGAGAAUAAUGUUAAUGAAACGCAAACUAUUUCGGUGCCAUCGUCGUCGGUGCAAAUUAUUCAAAACUACGAUGUCUCACAAGUUCAAUGGUCAGUUCCUGGUUAUACUUUUACCAAUGAGCAGGUUGUCAAUUCACUUGGCAGUCAGGAUAAACUCGAUACUUUACAAGAAUUCACAGUGAUGCCAAACGGAGAAGUAACACAAUUUGAAUACGCUGCACAAUCUGAAAUCGCCAAUCAAAUUGGCGAUUAUAAUUUAUCGUUAAAUUCAUUUUGCACAUCCGAUGCAAUGGUGAAAGUUGAAAGUCUAACAUUUAACGAUAAUCGAAGAAAUUUCAAUGAAGUGGAAAUAAUUGAGAAUAAAGCAUACACGUGCAAUCAAUGUGGCGUGAGUUUCAGUCGUCCUAAUGCAUUGACAACACAUGAGAAAACGCAUAAUGUUAAAACAUGGGCAACGCCAAUUGAAUGCAAAUAUUGUGACAAACAAUUUCAAGAUGAAAAUCAUUUGUCGACACAUCAGCAAACAUGUGCAAAGAGAAUAAUGCAAAAUUGCAGUGAACAAGGCUUACCAAAUAGCCGAUGGGGUAAACACGCUUGUUCCGAGUGCGGCAAAAAAUUCACCACUAAACAAAAAAUGUUUAGGCAUCAGUGGAUUCACAGGAAGAAGACGCAUUCGUGUGAAGUUUGUGGAACACAAUUCGAGAAGCAGAAUCAAUUGGACGAGCACAGACUCGCCGCUCAUCCUGGUGAUUCGCCCUUCACAUGCAACGAAUGCGGCAAGAGUUUCGUCUCGAGACAAGGACUCUGGGAACAUGGACGAAUGCACGCCGGAAGUCCCGCUCAUUUUCAAUGUGACGCAUGUUCAAAGACAUUCUCAUCCCGUCAAGGCUACUUAAUUCAUCAUCGAACACACACCGGUGAACGGCCCUACGGCUGUAAAUUCUGUUGGAAGGCUUUUCGCGACGGUGGAACAUUGAGAAAACACGAGCGCAUUCACACCGGAGAGAGACCUCAUGUUUGUCCCCUUUGCACACGAGCCUUCAAUCAAAAAGUCGUACUACGAGAGCAUGUGCGAUGGGUUCAUGCGGCCGGUAAAAAUGAAACCGGCAUCAGUGGUCCUCCUUUUCCAUGUCCUCUCUGCGGCUCACUAAAUCAAGAUCGCGACGAACUCUGUGCACACAUUGUAAAGCACUCGGAUCAAAUGAUCGCCGAGGCGAAGGCAAAAACACUCGCCAAUAAUAAUGCUCCAAAAUCAUCAGCGACAACAACAAAGAAGAAGAAAAAAUCCGGUUCAACAUCGAAAAUGCCGGAGAAUUUAAUUACACCCACUGAACAAAAUGAAGCUCUACUAUCAAUCACCGAUUCGUCAAUGAAAUCCGACGACUGUCAAAUAAUUGACGGACAAAUUGAAAUUCCAUAUCGGGAAGAUGAUGACAUACCCUCUGAUCAUGGGAAUUUAACGAUAGAUAAUGAUUUGAUUAAUUCAACAAGUCACGUGGAAGUGAUUACAACAACUACCACUCAUUUCAUUCCAUUUGAAAAAUUAAACGACGCCAUGGAAAUUCUUCCUGAUAAGCAAGGUAAUACAUUGCAUUUGAUAUCGAAGCAAAAUGAAAAUUCGCCAGUAUUGGCGAUACCAAAUCCACAGGGUAGUGACAAUUUUUCAAGUCAAAUUGCGCACAUUUCCAAUUCUGAUUUACCGAUGAAUGUUGUGACACACGUUGUGAAAAAUGUUGUUCGGAACUUAAAAUCUGAUGUGAAUGAUGAAACAAAUUUAAUGCACGAUGAGGAUUUGAAAAAUGUUAUUCAUGAAAGUCAAUAUGAUAGUGACGAUGCCGAUGAAAUGGUCUGUGGCAUUUGUGGUGAAGAUUUUCAUGAUAAAAAUUUACUCAUGGAACACGUAAAAAUUCACAUUUAAUUCAAUGGUUAUCACGCUUCAAAUAUGUGAUAUUUUGUUCAUUAAAGUUGAGAAAUUGGAAACAAAAUUUUACGCUUUGAAGAUAAUUUAAAAGGAAUUCUAUAUUUUACAGUUAAUAUAAGUUUUUUUCUUAAGUUAUUUGCAUUUAACUUUUAAUUAUAGUUCAUUUUUGGUUCUAAAAUUCCCGUCUUGUCGGAAAUUGUGGUAAAAUUUCAAAUUUCGAAUAUUUGAUUUCGUACAGAAACAAAUAGAGAUGAAAAUGUUUUUAAGAAUUGGACAAAAUUAAACAAAAAAAUACUAUUCAUCAGAAAAAAUUUUUAAAAAGUGUAAAACAUGUAAUCUCUUUAAAUGAUUUAAAAGUUACAAUUUUUCUGACAGUUUAGAAACAAUUUUCGAUUUUCUAUUACCUAAAAUCAGAAAAAUCUAGUUUUUAAUCUAAACGUAAAAAUUACAUUAUUUAUGCUUUUAAAUAUGAUUUUGUUAUUUAAAGAUACAAAAAUUGUUUUAAUAACUUUUGUUUCCAAUUCUUGAAUAGUACUUACUUAGGGGAAAUUAGAACCAUUUUGUUUCCAAUUUUUCAAUAAUUGUGCAUAGUUGUUUAAACGUAAAAUACUUAAAUUUUGUUUCUAUAUUUACAUUUAUGUUAGAUUUUCAAUAAUUUUUAAUAAGGCGAUUAGAAAAGACAUUUUUUUCGAAACUAAUUUUUUUUAAACAGCGAAAAAAUAAUUGUAAACUUUUGCACUUAUCGACGCAGUAAAUUUGACAAAAAAAUAUAAUUUUUUUUAACAUCUUGACGAUGCAAAAAAUAUUAUAAUUUACUGGAGCAUAAAAAUUAAUAUUUUUUAUUUUUAAGUGUGAUACCAAUAAUUGUAGAUUAAAUAUUUACUUUAAUCUUUAUAAACUAAGUAAUGUUUAGUAAAAAAAAAGGACAAAAAAUUGGUAUAGAAUUGCUUCUCUAAUUAUGUUGUGUCACAAAAAUCACGAAAAUAUUUCAUAAUUUUGAAAUAUUAUAUUAAUUUUUGGUGCCCUCGAUGUAUUUUCUUCUAAAAAUUAUUGUAGAAAUAUUACGUGGAAUCAUGUAAUCAGUUUUCAUCUGAUUAUUACUUAAAUUCUUGAAAAAGUAAAAAAAAAAAUAAAAAAAAAUUUGUAUAUUGUAUGAAUGUAGAAUAUAUAUGUAUUCAAAGAAGCAUUAAAAAUGAAAAUUAUUCUUAACAA